GCCAAUCACCGGACCAUCCGUCAAUAUGAUCCCAGGUGUGAUCAGAAGUCUCGACUAACACUUUAUUAGCUUAAUGUUUAAUGUUGACAGUGUUUGAGGAUUAGUUAAUUACACACUGGCGAAUGCAGCUGGGUCAGAAGGGAGUUGGCUCAGGUGAUUUGAGUUAUGAGACACAGAUCAUGUGAAACAGCUGCUUGCUUCGUGAACAAAGUGUGCACACCGCAUGGGACACAGAGCAGAAACAUGAACACUUCUGUGACUCUUUCAUCAGGGCAGAAGAUGCCUAUGAUUGGACUUGGCACAUGGAAGAGUGCUCCAGGACAGGUAAAGCAGGCAGUGCUGGCAGCUUUAGACUGUGGGUACAGACACAUUGACUGCGCCGCUGCUUAUGGCAAUGAACAGGAGGUUGGAGAGGCUUUAGCUCUGUGGGUUGGUCCUGGAAAGGCUCUAUGCCGUAAGGAGGUGUUUGUGACUUCCAAACUGUGGAAUACCAAGCAUGACCCAGAGGAUGUUGAAGAGGCAUGCAGAACAAGUCUGGACCACCUUGGUCUCUGCUACCUGGACCUUUACCUCAUGCACUGGCCCAUGGCCUUUCAGCGGGGGAAGGAGCUGAUGCCUCGACGAGACGAUGGAAGCAUUUGUUACUCCGAUACACACUACAGAGAUACUUGGAUGGCCAUGGAGAGUCUUGUAGAUAAAGGUCUUGUCAAGAAUAUAGGAUUGUCCAACUUCAAUGCAAGGCAGACUGAUGAGAUCAUCAGCAUAGCCAGACACAAACCUGUCAUCAACCAGGUGGAAUGCCACCCUUAUUUGUCUCAAACAGAUCUGCUGUCACACUGUCGGUCUAUGGGAGUCUGUGUGACAGCUUACAGUCCUCUGGGCAGUGGAGACAGACCCUGGGCAUCUCCUGAUGAGCCUAGUCUGCUGGAGGAUCCUCGACUGAAAGCCAUCACUCAGAAAUACCAGAAAUCUCCUGCCCAGGUAAUACUCAGGUGGCACAUUCAGAAAGGUGUAGUGUGCAUCCCUAAAAGCGUAACACCCUCCAGGAUCCAGGAGAACUUCAAGGUGUUUGAUUUUUCCUUAUCACAAGACGACAUGAAAAUGAUAAAUUCCUUCAAUCGAAACAUGCGUUUCAUUGUUCCAACAGUCGAGAAAGAAGGCAAAAGAGUGUGGAGAGAUGCACAACAUCCUCACUUCCCCUUCCAUGAUCCUUACUGAGAACAUGAU